AUUCAAAGAAGCAGUUGACGACAGCGUUCGUUAGCGUGAAACUUUUGCCGCGUUUAAAGUGCAAAACUAUAAUAGCAUUUAUUUGAGAAAUUAAGAAGAAAGCAAAAGUUCCACAAGAGAGAGAGAAAGAGAGAGAAAAAAACCGAACAUUUUAAGCAAGUUCGUCAUACACCUAUUUUAACAGAAGCUACAUUUUGACGCCGACGGUUGAACAAGUACAAGAAGAACAAUGUCUCUGCUACCUAUGUUAUUCUCCAGUUGGUGGGAGGAUUUGCAGAGGCCUCAUCAUAUCUUCGAUCAAAAUUUUGGAUUGUCUUUGAGCCCCGAGGAUCUACCGUCUUCUGCAUUGUCACCUUACGAAAAUGAUAUUUUGAUUCUGAAACCUCGUCGUCGUGGUUUUCAAAGAUACCAUCCCUAUGACAGAAGCCUAAAUCGUAGAUCCAACGGAACAUCUACGCUCGAAGCUGAUAAGGAUAAAUUCCAAGUAACUUUGGAUGUUCAACAGUUCGCUCCAGAAGAAGUGACUGUAAAAGUCUCGGGGAAAAAUGUAAUUGUUGAAGGCAAACACGAAGAGAAACAGGACGAGCAUGGUUGGAUCUCGAGGCAAUUUGUACGAAAGUACCACAUACCAGAACAAUGCGACAUUGAUCGAUUAGAAUCAAAAUUAUCUUCCGAUGGUGUCUUAACCAUCACAUGUCCAAGGAAACAACCUGAACCAGAUGCAAAGAAUGAAAGAAUCAUUAAAAUUCAGGCUACAGGGCAGCCUGCUUUAAGAGAUGACUCAAAACCAGUAGAAAAACAAAAAGAAGAGAAGCAAGUACAAAGGAAUGCUACGCCACAAAGAGGGCAACAAGAGAAGACUGUGAAAGCAGCUUAAGAAAGACUUAUUUAAAUAAGUGUCUCCUUUUUUUUACAGUAUUCUAUCAUUUUAUUUUUCAUUGAUAUAAUUGCCACUUUUCAUUUUAUAUUAAUACAAGGAAUAGUUAAAUACAUUAUUCAUAUGUCAUUCACAUUGUUCCUUUAUAAUUGUAAGCUUAAAAAUAAUGUUUUAAGGAUUCUAAAAAUAUGUACUGUACUGUUUUAAGAGAACUGCUUUUUUUGUAUUACGUCAUACUCGAUAAGAUUAGUUUGUCCUAUAAUUUUGUGUAAUAAAUAAUGUUUUUGUAUAA